AUGGCCUUCGGGACGGCCUCCGGAAAGAGUUCGUCGCCGCCGCUGGCAUCGCGGCCGACCUCCGGACCUGCUCAGUGGCCGCCACUGCCUUCCAAGUGGCCACCCCGCUGGACACGCCACUGGCUGCUCCAUGCUCUGGGAUUUUACCAUGAACAGUCCCGCAUGGACAACAUCUGGCUGGACCAGGUUACGUCAGGACUUCCACAUAACUUCAACAAAUACAAUGACGACUUCAUCACUGAUCAAAACACUGCAUACGACUAUGAGUCCGUCAUGCACUACAGGCACUUCUCCUCCAACAAGAAUGAAUCCAUCCCCACUAUCACCACCAAAAUCCCAGAGUUCUACAAUUUUAUUGGCCAGUACCUUGAUUUCAGCAAGAUGGACACCCUCAGGCUCACCAGGAUGUGCAACUGCUCCGGGCCGCUCACCCUGCUGGAUCAGUGUACCUUUGAGUAUGCAAGCAUUUGUGGGAUGAUCCAGGCCUCUGAUGAUUUCAGAGGGAAUUAAACAUUAUUAUAGAUUGUCUUAUAUUUAUUUGUUUUUUUAGAUGCUGGAUACUUCAUGCACUUCAACACUAUGACUGGGGAGCCUCAGGAGUCUGCUAUGCUGGAACCUCGAAUCCUCUACCCCAAGAGGAAGCUUCAGUGUCUGCAGUUCUUCUACAAGAUGACAGGGGGCCCCGCGGACAGGCUGGUUGUAUGGGUCAAGACAGAUGAUGGCACAGACACUGUUUGCAGGAUGAAGAAAAUACGCACGUUUUAUGUGUGGGAUGACAGCUGUAAAUGCUUCCGCAGUCAAGACUUUGGCUGGAGCACAUUCAUUUCCCACUCACAUCUGCAAAGGAGGAGCUUCCUCAAGAACAAUAAUCUCAUUGUUACUGCCGACUUCAGUGAUUUGACCCACCUAAUCAAGACUGAGGUGCCUGUUCAACUGGCCCCACCAAGCAAUGACAUCACAGAUGAGAAGUACCAGAGUAAGAUGGAAAUGAGACCAGAGGCUCCAAAACACAGGCUGUAUCCCAAUUCAGGGUCUGCAGCCUUAAAGGCCACAUUUUAUGGCUGA